AUGAGACUUCCGCCGGAAGAGCGAAUAAUGCCUUGAACCAAGGUAACCGCUUUAAUAAAAUCUAUCGUACAUCACGAAAUGAAAUCUGUCGGAGAGAUCAGUUUAAAAUAUGUUUUAAACCGCGUCAGUCGACCGCAGAAAAUGUCUUUCUUGUCUAUGUUCUUGUACCUUGUUUUCGUGUUAGUUAUUACCGCGCAAUCGCAAAGUUGCUCCAGUGAAAUAUAUUCAAAGAAUUCUGACAGUUGCCCGAAUGAUAAGAAAUGCACUUUUAUCGAAUUCUGCCCGGUUAUUUUAAAUUUGAUGAAUCGGAAUCUGCUUCCAAUUCACAGAUUUCGCCAAGCGAUCUGCGGCUAUGACAGCAGUAAACCAUUGGUGUGCUGUGACGUGGACGGCAAUGUUGCGAAUCCAACUUUCACCCAAGAAGAUGGCUCAUUUUUUACAAGAUCAAAUUCGAUUUCAGAAUGUGGGAAAAGCUUCGUUCGAAGCAGCGCCAAUACCGCAGGAAUAUACCCCUUUAUCGCAAGAAUUGGCUUUAGAAAUGCAAUGGGAGAAAUAAAAUAUCCCUGCAGUGGAGUAAUUCUAAACGAACGUACGAUAUUGACUACUGCAAGUUGUGCUCUUGCAAAGUCCGACGACUACAAACUAUAUUCCAUUAUCGUUGGACAAUUUAAUACCGAUACCGAUUCCGGUUGCGAUACACAGAAAAAUAAUAUAUCGUAUGUAAUAAAGCACCCAAAUUACAACGCCAACACUUUUACGAACAAUAUAGUAAUGUUACGUUUAAGAGAAUCGAUACGAUACACGGCAACCGUGCAGCCUAUAUGUCUUCCUCCAGGAGACAGAUACAUAGAUCGAAAUAUCGAUUCCGUUCUUGUUGGAUGGGGCAAAUUAACGGGUCAAACAACGACAUCCUGCGAGCAACAGUCUUUGAAAAUGAGAAUUAUAUCGAACCGUGAAUGUUCAAGUUACUAUAAUCAAGGAUUAUCUGUCGAACUAUGCGCGAGAGGAAAUGAAAUGCCUUGUGCGGGAUACAGUGGAAGUCCCCUUUUAUAUAAAUACGGUGACACACAUUUUUUGUUAGGCAUUUUAUCGUAUGGUUCUAACUGCAACAUGGAUGCCAACUUUCCAUCGGUCUUUGUCGAUGUACAAAGAUAUAUAUCCUGGAUUCUGAACAACUGUUAAUCGUUCAUUUUUUAUUUGUGUUUGAAAAUGUUUAAGUACUUUCCACGCGUCAUCUCUUUUGCCUCUUCCAAUCCUAAUUGAUAAGCCGUAUCGUGUAACUUUUUCACUUCAGAUAUUAAACCUGUCAUAGAUAAGUUUCCUAAUUCUGAAAUAAAACUGCUUUUAAAAUUUA